UGCAACUCUCUCCCUCCAUACACACCUUCACAUAAGGGUGGAGACUGCAGGCAGGUCUGGCAGAGGAGACGUGGAGUGAGGAGAAGUUUGGACGAAUAUGGAGUCCAAACCCCCUCAAGCCAUAGGUGUUGGGUCUGGGAUUAGGGGUCCAUCAGCAGCCCUUUCUGGUGGUAUUCAGUCCCUCACAGAUGUUGCAGAGCCCAAAGACAUCGGGAAGGUAGAAGGAGACAAGAGUCAACCUGGAUGUCAAACUGCUGCAGGAGAUGGACAAGAGUUGUACUCAUUUGAUAGCUCUCCAUCCUCCUCUGACAGUGAGGAUGAGGGUUUCAGCAAUAAAGAUAAGAAGAAGAAGAAGCUGAAGAAAAAAACCAAGAAGAAGAAGAAAAAAGAUUCAAGCUCAUCCUCGUCAUCUUCAUCAUCCUCUUCUUCCUCCUCCUCCUCCUCUUCUUCUUCAUCCAGUAGCUCAUCAGAUAGCGACAGUGAGGAUGACAAGAAGAAAAAGAAGAAGAAAAAGGAGAAGACAAAGGAGUAUGUCUGGGACAGUGUUGUCAUCUCUCAGCCUGGUCCUGAUGGUGAAAUGGACCAGCAGUCAGCAGAAACUCUUAAGUUGAAACAGGAUUCUGACUCAUCAGAUGAUGAAAACGACAAGAAGAAAGACAAAAAGAAGAAGAAAAAGAAGGAGAAGAAGAAGAAGAAGAAGAAGAAGAAGGACUCCUCCUCAUCUGACAGUUCGUCUGACAGUGAGGAUGAGAAGAAGAAAAAGAAGAAGAAGAAGAAGAAGAAGAAGAAGAAAAAGGACUCCAGCUCCUCUUCUUCAGACAGUUCCUCUUCUUCUGACAGUGAUGAUGACAAAAAGAAAAAGAAAAAGAAGAAAGACAAGAAGAAGAAGAAAAAGAAAGACAAAAAGAAGGAUUCCAGCUCUUCAUCAUCAUCUUCUUCAUCUGAAAGUGAUGAUGAUAAGAAGAAGAAGAAGAAGAAAAAGAAGGACAAGAAAAAGAAGAAGAAGAAGGAUAAGAAAAAGGAUGAGGAAAAGGAUGCACUUAAGGAUCCCAGUACCUUGUCCGAAGCUGGCGGUGAGAUUUCAGGACCUGAUGGAGAUAAAAAGGAAGGUGAAGGUGCUGAUAAGGCCAAGAAAGAGAAAGCAUCACAAGAAAAGAAAGUGUCCUCAACAUCAGCUGGGGGAUUGGAGUCAUGUCCUGAUAAUGGUGAGGAGGGCCACCUUAGUGACGACGAGGGAGAAGGAGGGAAGGACACGGAUAAAAAGAAGAAGUUAAAAAAAAAGAAAAAGGAUGGCUCGAGCUCCUCCUCCUCUUCAUCAUCUGAUAGCUCCUCAUCAGACAGUGAAGAUGACAAGAAGAAAAAGAAAAAAAAGAAGAAGGAUUCCAGCUCUUCUUCCUCUUCAUCCUCUUCUUCUGACAGUGACGAUGACAAGAAAAAGAAGAAAGACAAGAAGAAGAAGAAGAAGAAGAAGAAGAAGAAGAAGGACAGCUCUUCUGAUGAUAGCUCUGAUUCUGACUCGUCCUCCUCUUCUUCUGAUAGUGACGAUGACAAGAAAAAGAAGAAAAAGAAAGAUAAGAAAAAGAAGAAGAAGAAGGAUAAGAAGAAAAAGGAUUCUUCCUCCUCUGACUCCUCCAGUGAUUCUUCAAGUGAUGAUGAUAAGAAGAAGAAAAAGAAGAAGAAGAAGAAGAAGGAUUCCUCUUCUUCUUCUUCUGACUCCUCCAGUGACUCUUCAAGUGAUGAUGAUAAGAAGAAAAAGAAAAAAAAGAAGGAUAAGAAAAAGAAGAAAAAGAAGAAGGAUUCUUCUUCUGACUCCUCUAGUGAUUCUUCAAGCGAUGAUGAUAAGAAGAAAAAGAAGAAGAAGAAGAAGGAUAAGAAAAAGAAGAAGAAGAAAGACAAGAAGAAGGACUCGGAUUCUUCUAGUAGUGAUGAUGAUAAAAAGAAGAAAAAGAAGAAGAAGGACAAGAAAAAGAAGAAAAAGAAAGACAAGAAGAAGGAUUCUAGCUCUUCAAGUUCAUCUGAUAGUUCCAGUGGCAGUGACAAGGAAAAUAAAAAGAAGAAAGACAAGAAGAAAAAGGAAUCAGGAGCAUCAGGGAGUGAAACAGAGGAGAAGAAGAAGAUGGAGAGCCCUGAUGGUGAUAAAAGCAGUGAGAAAAAAAAGGAAAUUUCCGCUUCAAAUGAUGGAAAACUUUCAGCUCCGAGCAGCAGCAGCAGCAGCAGCAGCUCUAAGCCUGUGGUUACUAUUGUCUCCUAUGCAUCCCUUCCCUCCAAACCCAUGGUGAACACGGAUCCUCUGAACCCCUCGACAGUCCCGAAGCCCUCUGCCUCUGGUACUUCAGUGAGUUUAGGAGAUAGGGCCAGCAUUCGCAGAGCUCCCAGCCCCAUGGAGACCCUGAUGGGGAGUCCAAAGAAGAUUGGAGAAGGAGGAACCCGUCCCAGCUCUCACCUCUCCUCCAUUGAUCUACUGAAAGGCCCCAGGCCUUAUCAGUAAUGUCAUGUCUCUGAGAAUAUCUAAACAGCAAACAGUGAAAGCACAGUGGAGGGUUAAGAAUAAGGGCUGGGGUGUUUUUUGUGGUAGAGUGAUUGGUAUAAUUUUUAUUGCUUUAAUGGUGUAGGUGCAUGUUUUUUACUAAAUUUCAGAUUACAGAGCCGGGUUAAGUAUGGUGCAAAAAAUAAUGACCUCUUGCCCCAAAGUCUAACGAGUUAACCUGCAACUCCAGGUGUAGGUCUGUGCCAAAUUUGACAAAAAUCCCUCAGUGCAUUUUUGAAAAACUGCUUGCUACUGGCCCUGACUUUUGCCAGCAAAUGUUACAGAUCUACCUACAAAAAGCAUUUCUUAUGUCACAUUACAGGUUGUUGAAUUUGUUUAUUCUCUUAUGAGGCCCAGUGAACCAAAAUGUCUUGCUAUUAUGACAUCUUUCAAAAUAAAAGUGGAUAUUUUUUGUGUGUUUUCUGGGAAAAAAGGUUGCUGGGAAAAGAUGCAUUGCAACAUGAGGAAAAUUUUCAAGUUGAUGAACAUCAUUUUAUUUUUGGGGGGUUAAGAAAACCACAUUUUGGCUGAAAUGUCAUUUACAACAACAUAAAAUGCUUCCACUGUUCAAUAAAACAGUUUUGAUCA